AUGUCGUCAACACACGACUCCAAGCCGAUAGAGGUUACCUCCUCAGCGCAGUUCCAAACCAUCUUGCAAACCAAUGCCUUGGUUGUCGCAGACUUCUAUGCCGACUGGUGUGGCCCUUGCAAGGCGAUCAAGCCCAUCUUCGAGAAGGCGUCCGAGGAGCUCUCUCACGAAAACGUCUUGGCCUUCAUCAAGGUCAACACCGACACCCAAAAGGACAUUGCCCAGGCCUACAACGUCACCUCUCUGCCAACCUUUAUCUAUUUCCGAAAUGGCCAGAUUACCUCCCGGGUGAAAGGGGCAGAUGUGCAGAAGCUCUCGGGCAUGCUUGAGACCAUCCGCGGGCAUUUUCAAGAGGCUAUCGAGAACCCUGGAGGAGCCGCCGGAGGGUCAAGCAGUAGCGGUGCGACCUGGAGAGGUGCGGAGCUGCCUCGCGGCUACACUGAUAUCACAGAUCAGAUCGAGAUCAACCGUUGCGAGCUUCUGAACGUUGAGUCUGGCCCAGAGGGUGUGCGCACCCUGCUUGACAAGUCCAGGCCAAGUGCGCUGUCAGGGCAAAAGAGUGCCACAAAGGACUGGGUGGAAAGUGACACGGAUGAGCAGCUGAUGCUCUUUUUGCCUUUCCAGGCCAUGAUUAAGCUACACACUCUUCAGAUCACCUCAUUGCCUCCCUCUGAUGAUGACGAUGACGAAGCUCCCAUGCGACCCAAAACCAUCAAGCUGUUUACCAACAAGUCGCAUAACCUCGGGUUUGACGAGGCCGAGGACAUGAGUGCCACGCAGGUCAUCGAGCUCUCGGAGAAGGAUUGGAACCCGGAUGGCACAGCCAACAUCAGUUUACGAUAUGUGAAGUUUCAGAACAUCAACAGUCUGGUGUUGUUUGUGGUGGACGGGGACGGUGACAGCGAGAAGGUGAGACUGGACCGUGUCCGGUUAGUUGGCGAGGCUGGGGAGAAGCGUGAGAUGGGCAAACUCGAGAAGAUCGGUGAUGAAUAG